AUGGAAGAACCCAGAAAAGUGGAAGAACCAAGGGAAGGAGUUUCCAGGCUUCAAGAGUUCCGAAGGCGUUUGCAACAGCAGAAACUUCUAGGUGAAGCAAGAGUGGCAAGCAGCGUUCAACAAGAGCCUGCUAAAGCUGCCACCACAACUCACUCUGGGACAGAUCCUAUCCCACAAUCCAUUGCAACACAGACAGGAAGAGCAGGGUCAUCUUGCAUCCAGACUGGUAGUGGUUCCCAUUUAUAUGAUCAAGCAAGUCAUCUCCAACAGGAAAAAACAUUGAGAAGUGAUACCUUGCGGGAAGGAGAGGAGGAAUGUCAUCAGCCAUAUCCAGUAGCUAGUCCAAAUGUCCAGGCUGCUGAAUCUCAUGGGGGUCAUGACCCAAUGUCAGUUCCCAAUGUCGUCCCUCAUUUGCAUAUGUCAUGUGAUAUACUGCCUUGUGGUGAAAGGGGUCCCCAUGUGCAUACUGAAAGGGAUGUCAAGGACAGAAUGGAUAAUGUGAGAUGUGAGAGAUUAGACCCGGACCAUACUGAGUCUCAGCAUAAACAUCCUUAUGGACAUGAUCGUUACAGGAGAGAUAAUGCAUCAACAGAUUUGCCACACAAACAAGCUACAUUCCCCAAUGACAAAGACCAAAGAAUAUUACAUUUACCUCAAAAUACCCACCAUCAAGAGAGGCGACCUCCGAAUUGGUCUGAAACGUGGACAGAUGAAGAUGAGUGUCGCCUGCAUAGUUCAGGGGGACAUGACAGAACAUCCCAUUAUGAUGGACCAAGCAAGGGUCCUACAAACUCGUCUUCGGAUUAUAUCCAAGAGAUGGCAUCAGGAGAGUCUCCACAUGAUCCAAGUUGGUUACUGGAUACUGGGCAGCAAUCUGCUGUUGAUGAUACCAGAACAGUUGAUCAUCAUCAAGCACUACCAAGUAGGACAAGAACUCCAGGCGACUCCUGCAGAACAGUGAAGUCUGCUCAAGAUGAGGCUCAAAUAAUUAACACAAGGCAACCUUCUGCUUCUGAAGUUACAAGAACAUCUGAUCAAACAUCAGCAACGAGGACAAGAACGCUUCAGGACUUGCAGGAGGACACAAUACAUGAUACCUCCUCAGGAGCAAUGCAGGAGAGACAUAUUACCAAACAGCAGCAAAGACCAGAUGAUGAAGAUGGAGCAAAACGUCGGCUACAGUUUGACUCCUCCUCACCUAUCAACAGUGCCAUUGGACAAGUAAUUAGUGAUAGGAUAUUCAGUUCCCCUAAAGGUCAAAGGUCGAUCCCAUCAAGUCAAAGGUCAACACCAUCCAGCAUCAGAUCACCUGCAUUGAGCCAGGAUACGUUGAUGUUUACUCCACCAGUAGAGAGCAAAGCUUCCUCACAAGAGAGAAUAUCAAAAGAUAUACUUCCAGAGCCUCCCGAUCCUGAACCCCCCAAGUCUGCUGGUAGCUCUGACAGCGAAGAUUUCAAAGAUGACGAAAUGCUUCAAGUCCUUCGCAAGCAGCGAGAAGAAUGCAUACGGAAGCUGAAUCAUCUAGAUAGCCUGCUUUCUCAUACAAGUAAACAUUGAUCCUUUACAAUUCAUUAUCAUAUCCUUUAUCUACAGACCAGAGGGCAUAGUAAUUGAUAGAUUUAUAAAGACUUACUCUUAAAAGCAGUUUGUUCUACUUCCAGGCAACUCUGUAUUAUGAUGUAACACAUUAUCAAGAAAUUCUAUCUAUAUCAAGACCUGUUAAGUUUUUAAAACUUUUCAUGCACCUACAUAAAUAAUUGUAAUGCAUUUUAAAGACAAAGGAUAUGAUAAUACAACUCAUGAAUAACGCCAUGUGAAACAUAUCAUUGUUUUAUAUGUGCAGCAGGUUUUAUUGAGCGUGCCGUCAUAACAUUAUAUAACAUGCAGCAUGUCUGUCAUUGUUCAAAGGUAAUGAUGCUGAUCGUUGGAAACAAAUCAUGUCAUGACUGAACUUUGAUAAAGUUUUUGUGGAAAAUCCCAUGAUAUUAUAAACGUAUAAAAGUACCCCUAUCAUCCUUACAUGAUGUCAUGAAAAUAGUUUUGUGCAUUAUUCAUUAAUGUUAUUUUUUGUGUUGACUUAUUCUCAUGUUGGUUUUUUUUCUCUGAUAUCAUCAAGUGUAAAUUAAGUUUUAUCACUGAUGUGGCCUUUACAAGACAAACACCUGUUACCAUAUUCUUAUAAGUUUACUCUCCAAAGUCAGAUUUUGUUGUAUUCUUAAAAACCCCCUGUAUUUUAUUCAGAGCAAAUUGCUGCAGUUGUGCAAUUAUUUGAUAGAGUUAUAUUAAUACAAAUUAGACAUGAUUGCAUAAAUACCACUUGGAUUAUUAACACACCAUUUUGUUUCAAAUACUAUGAAAAGACAGUAUUUUGGGCUAUUCCUGGAAUACUAAUCUACUGCUAUACACAUAUGUCAACUACUAAUACAAUCUUAGCUACGAUAUCAAAGUGACUAUGCUUUGUGCAAGGUAGUGUACAAACUCGAUCGCUGCCUUUUUAGCAUAUCAUCCAUGAUUUUAAAUUUUGAAGUGAGCCAAUAGAAACUGUGCCUUAUGUGUUUUAAAAGGUGUAUAAUUUACUGUUGGGCCAUUGAUGCCCUUGAUGUCUUAUAAUGCACAUAAGAUUCAGUCUACAAUCCUUUCCAUGAUAAUUGUAUUGCAUUGCUUUGCUCACCUAAAGAUCUAUAAUACUUGCAAUUUCAAAGAAUCAAAACUGGAAA